AUGGCAGCAACGGCGAUUGGUAUGAUGUUGCAAAGCAAUGGAUUUCAGUCAAAGAAGAAAGAAGAUGCAGAGAAUAAAGAAAAUUUGUGGUCCUCUAUCUUGGCUGAAGUACAAAAUAGUGGCAACAACAAAUUACCAUCAAACAAGAACAUUCUUGUGCUAGGUGAUAAUGAAAGUGGAAAGACAACACUUAUCGCUAAAUUGCAAGGUGUAGAGGAUCCUAAAAAGGGUUCUGGUUUAGAGUUUGCAUACAUCGAUGUGAGAGAUGACUAUAGAGACGACCAAACAAGGUUAUCUGUGUGGAUAUUGGAUGGUGAUCCUGGGCAUGCAAAUCUUUUCAGAUUUGCAUUAAAUGGAGAGAGAUUUCCACAUACACUUGUUAUGUUAGUAGCUGCAAUGACAACACCAUGGGAUGUUCUCGAUCAACUUCAAUCGUGGGCUGCACUUCUAGGAGAUCAUAUUGAUAAAUUACCUUUAGACAAUGAUACUAGACAACGGUGCAGGCAACUUAAUGUGAAAAAAUGGCAAGAUUAUACAGAACCUGGAGAUGAAUUAGAUCCUGGUAGUCCUCUAAGACGUACUAGUCGUAAUCUUGAUGAUGAAACAAUUGAUAAUUUACCAUUACCAGAAGGAGUACUUACAACAAAUUUAGGUCUAGAUGUUGUUGUUGUUAUUACCAAAACUGAUUAUAUGUCUACUCUUGAAAAAGAACACGACUACAAAGAUGAACAUUUCGAUUUUAUGCAACAGUGGAUAAGGCGAUUUUGUUUGCAAUAUGGUGCAGGAUUAUUUUAUACAUCAGCAAAAGAAGACAAAAACUGUGAUUUACUGUAUAAGUAUCUUACACAUAGAAUUUAUUCACUACCAUUCAGAACACCUGCCUUGGUUGUUGAAAAAGAUGCAGUUCUCAUCCCAGCUGGUUGGGAUAAUAUGAAAAAGAUUAGUAUUCUUCAUGAAAAUUUGCAAUCAAUGAAACCAGAUGAUUAUUAUAGAGAUGUUAUUGCGCAACCACCAACUAAUAGAAGAUGUGUAACUAGAGAAGUAGAAGUGCAAGCAGAAGAAGAACAAGCUUUCUUAGCAAAACAACAAGCUGAAUUGUCGGGUCUAAAAGAUCCAACCCGAUCUCCAACACUCAGAAAUCAGGCAAGCACUGGACCGGUUAUUCAGGUGGCUUCACCAAAUAAGAAAUUAGAUGCCAAAGCUACUGGGACCACACAAUCCGGAGAAGGAGUUUUAGCUAACUUUUUCAAUUCACUUCUCCACAAGAAGACUGGAUCGCCUGGUUCGCCAGGUAGUGUGGGCACGAGUCCAGUAAAAAUGGACUCUCCUCCAGUAGAUAAAGCGGCCGUAUGUAACGAUGCAGCUGUGGAAUUAGACCGUCUUGCUAGAACAAAGAAAAUUUCUCCUCCCAAUUUAAAUUCAUCUUCUGAAUGUUAAAGGAAACGCACUUUCUUUGCGACCUAUAUAUUAAAUUUUAAAUUUCAUGUAUUUCUCCGAGUAUUCCAGUCGUAUCUCAGAUACAAUUAACCAGGCUUGUGUUUUACAGAGUUGAAUUGAUGGUUACACAUUCAUCAAAUGUGUUUGGUGCACGCAUUAAUUCGCAGUAGCUUUUUAAUUUAACAUUUUG